AUUAAAAAUAUUAAUAAUCUAUAGAGCAAGAAUAUCUUACUAUCUGGCAAACUCUUACUAUAAGGCAUCUUACAGCUGUGUUGUUCAACCUAAAUGUCACGUCAUGAGCAGUGUGACCAGUUUAACAGAACACUGGUUUGGUUGAGAGAAAAUGAUCACUAGCUGAUACAAAAUUCUUCUAGGAGAAGAGCAAACUUAGCCAUGUUCACACCAUCCACGAGGAACUCAAAUCCACCAGCCAACAGGUUAAAACAUGUAUUGCUACUGGCAUGUUUUCUUUGUACAUUAUCCUGGCUGGUUCUAUGUGGACUGAAUGGUGGGAUUCAAAUGAGACCAUUUCUGCCCCCCAGACCUAAAUCAGUCAUUCAAAUGAAUAAUUCUUCUUUUGCAAUAUCCACACUUGACAUGGGAAUCAGUGAUGAGGAGUGGGAAAGACUACAGAAGGCUCUUGACUGGCCUGGUCCAGAUCAAGAAAUCACUCAGCUGGAUCUGAGCACAAGUCCAGUCCACUCAACAUUCUCUAUUGUGGAACUGAAAAAGAGUUACAAAGUGGGAGAUAACAUCUCUGUUAUUAUCACAGCCAGAGACCACAACAAGAACCUGAAAACAUAUGGGGGAGAUUUUUUCAAAGCAAAGCUUUUCAAUUCAAAGCUAAAGGCAAGUGUGUAUGGGGAGGUUGUUGAUCAUCGUAAUGGGACUUACUCUGUUGUUCUUCUUCUUCCCUGGGAAGGUCAGGCACAAGUUUUUGUACGUCUUGAGCACUCCAGUGAGGUUGUGCAGAUUCUUAAAAAAUACAGGGAGUCUUCAUUCCCACGCAGCCACUAUAAUGGUCACUUUGAAGGGCCAGGAUCCAAGAACACCCAGGUCAGCGAAGUAGUAGAAUGUAAUCUUAAGUGGGGUGCCAAAGGAAGUUUGAGGAAAGGCAAAUGCUGCUGUGAGUAUAAGGAUAUAAAAACAGGGACUGAGUGGCAGUGUGAGAGACCAAAGAAACUUUCCUGUGACAAACUAGUUGGUCAUUCCAUGGGAGGUUUUGAAAGCCCAUUAAAUCAUUUUGAGAAUCACCUUUUUUCAAAGCAAUUAACAAAUGUUGCUAUUACUGGAGACAAAACAAGCAUAAAUGUCCUUCCCAACACUGAAGGCAUUGGCACAACAGAGAGAUGCAGAUCAGGACUGACAACACCAGUUCCUGCUGGGUUCUAUUUCAAAGAUGUUUGGAAGUCUUUUGUAUGCAACACUCAACAGUUAAAUUUUUCACAAAUGGGAAAUUGCCUUAAAAACAAAAUUGUCUACUUGUUGGGAGACUCGACCACAAGGCAGUGGUUUGAGUAUUUAGAAAAAAAUGUGCCAGGUUUAAAAAGAAUGGACCUCCACACUCCUCGUACAGGUGGACCCCUGAUGGCUGUGGAAAUGAAAAAUAAUAUCAUUAUUCACUGGAGGCCACAUGGUGUUCCUUUACGAUUUAGUAAAUUGCUCAUUACUAACCUGCAUUAUAUCAACGAUGAUAUUGAUGAAAUAGCUGGUGAUUCUCAUGCAGUCGUUGUCUUCACAUUCGCUGCCCACCGCGUUUUUCACCCACUAACUUUUUAUGUGCAUGAAGUGGCUAAAAUCCGUCAGUCUGUUGUUGCGCUGCUGAGUCGUGCACCACAGACUACAGUCAUCAUCAAGUCUGGAAACACUGCAGGACGAAAGAAUAUUUUUCAAAGUGAUUGGUAUAUGAUGCAGCUGAACACAGUGAUGCGAGAGAUGUUCAGAGAUGUUAAUGGAGUAAUAUACUUAGAUGUCUGGCAGAUGACUUCCUGUCACUAUCUAAGUGAAAAUAUUCACCCAGGACCUGUUAUCGUUGCUAAUGAGGUCAAAACAUUUCUGUCAUAUGUCUGUCCUGCAUGAUUCAUCAUUUAGUAUCACACAGCCCCAAAGAAUAAUAUUUAUGCUUGCUUCACCAUUAUCUACAAUGUACAUACAACAAGACAAUGUACAUAAAACCAGAUUGAAUGAAAUGCUAACAAACAGCCUUAAAAAGAAUGGACAAUGUAACGUCUAAAAUGAAUUGCAUUAGAAUUGCAAAGUGGCAUAAACCUACUUGAAUGUACUAAUUUAUAAAUAAGGAGAUCAUGUUAUAACUGCUUUGUCUGGCUCCAUUAAUUUAUUGAUUUAUAUAUUGUAUUGACAACUCAUCAAUUUAAACUUAUAUUCUCAAUUAC